AUGAUGCGCACAAAUGACCCUCGAAUCCGUCAAACCCUCAACCAAAUCUCCCACAACAUCGAAUCCGCCAACGAAAGCGCCCAGGAAGGCUUCUACCGCUUCAGCCAACAAUACCUAGCACCCUGCUUUGCGUCUAUCGGCAAUUGUCUCGCAGAAUGUACUGCACCAUGUUUGCCAAAUCGCGAGGCACAAUUGCGACGUCGCAGGCGAGGUCGCGCCGAACUCAAUUUUGAUUUUUAUGAUGAUUGGGAUAAUGAGAGUGCUAACGAAGGGAUAUUGGGAUGGGGUAACGAUGAAUUGGACCGGCUACUGGCUGGGAGUGGGAGUGUUCGGGGUGGUGGUGGAGCUCAGCAGCCUAGGCGACAGCGCAAGAUGAGUUAUGGCGCUGCGCGGACGAGGAGGAAGAGUUCCAUUCUUCCGGAUCAGAGGGAUGAUCCUACGGUGAUUCCGAAAUCGUCGUUUAUUGGAUUUUUUGAGCGAUUGCCCUGGAAGAUUGGGCCUCGUGGUGUCAAGUACCGACCGUCGGCGGCUGAUUUGCAGGAGAGACCUGGUCGGUUGCCACAUGAUGAUGAUUAUAUUCAGCCCGAGAGCUCCGAGGCACAACCAUUAAUAGAAGAAGAGGACGAAGAAGAUGCCGAGAAUCCGACCGGAACUGUAAGGAAAGGAAAGAGACAAAAACGGAAUCGCAGCACGACGCAAUCCUCGCAGGAAACGAGCAAUUCGUUAAGUUCUAGAGGCGAUCUUAUAUUCGAUGACGAGGACGAAGAUGCAGUACCUCUAGAUGACGAAUUCGCAGUUGUAUUGGCACGUCGAAACACAGGACUGGCUUCAGACGAGCAUCUGGCUGCAAGCGGAGGUCGACCCAGACGGACACCAUCGGGCCAGUCGUCGAGGAGUGGAAAGGCUAGAGAACUAAAAGAGUCACGAAUAGAGAUUGAUGCUGUUCGUACUUCCGAGAUCACGUCCAUGGCGGAACUGUCAAAGGAAGAGCAGGAGGCGGAAGAGGAGGAAGAAUUGGAAAUUGUGCGCAGACGCAGUGCAGCUCAUCAGUUGGCUAUUAAUCAGGGAUUAGCUCGGAAUAGGACUCCCCACGCAGCUCCCACGUCGGACUUUUCCAGCUCCAAUUCUCCAGAAACCAGACGAAGCAACCCUGCUUCUAUACAAGAGGACGAUAAACCAACAGAACCUUUUCCUUCCUAUCCAGUAACGCCCACAUCACAAAGAUCGAUAACGCCGUUGUCUGCGAAAGAUGAUGAAGUCGGGAUAGACGCCGAUCAAGAAGAUGCAGGCGAAUGA